CGCGCGCCAGACGGGGCUCAGCAGCAGAGCAGAGAAGAGCUGAGGGGAGCUGUGCUCGCGUGGGAGCAGCCUACCCACUGGGAGAGAAAGAGGGAGCGAGAGCGGGCGCGGGAGGGAAAGAAGGAAGCGAGCUAGGAAGUAAGGCUACGCGCACGGGGCCGGGGCCGGGGCCGCGGGGCAGUGGAGCUGAGCGACCUGCGGCGGCUGCAGCUGCAGGAGCAGCAAAGGGGACACCGCCCCCAUCCCCCUCCCCCCGCCCCCAUCCCCUCCCCCGCAUCGUCUCCCUUGCCAACCACCUUUGAUUUUUGCUCCCUCGAGGGGACUGCGUUCGAGGACUUGUCACCGUGAAGUGCCGCCAUGUCUGACCGGAAAGCAGUGAUCAAGAACGCAGACAUGUCUGAGGACAUGCAGCAGGAUGCGGUUGACUGUGCAACACAGGCUAUGGAGAAGUACAACAUAGAGAAAGACAUUGCUGCCUAUAUCAAGAAGGAAUUCGACAAGAAAUAUAACCCCACGUGGCAUUGUAUUGUGGGCCGAAAUUUUGGCAGCUACGUCACACAUGAGACAAAGCACUUCAUCUAUUUUUACUUGGGUCAAGUUGCAAUCCUCCUCUUCAAGUCCGGCUAGGUGGUGCAGUGGUGGCGGUGGCUGCGGUG